CGCAGGUAGAGAGCGCUGUAGUCUCGGCCAAGGGGAGGCAGCUCGGCGGGUUCCACCUCCUUUCCCUCCCCGCCCUCUCCCCACGAGUUAUGUCAUCGUGAAGCCGGGAAGGAGAGAGACCAGAGUGCGCUGGCUUCGGUCUUCUCCGCACUGCGGGCCUGCCGCUCUGCGCCCGGGUGGUGCCACCGCAGGAGCACGCAAGCCGCGACACUCCCCCAGAUCGCCUUUGUCUGGAAGCCGCUUCUGGAAUCGCUGCUUUCUGUGGGAUCUGAGAGCUGCCAGCCAGCGGUCUGUGACAGCUCCCUCCCUGAACCCCGAUCUUCGCGCGCCAGAGAACCAUCUGGAGCGGAGGGGAGAUUGGAGCCGCGAGUGCUUCCCGGCUCCCCGGUGGAUGCGCUUGCGACCUCCAGCACGCGCGCCUGGGAGGAAGAAGGAGACUGAGCUGUUGGCCAGACCAUUCUAGGUUACUUCUCUCUCCGGGACCCGCUGGACGCAAGCCUGAGCCGAGGACACCCUGGGCUUUGAGCAGCCGCCGCGGUGAAGAGACUGAGCUAACUUUUGGCUUCCGGAGUUCCCGGGCUUCUCUUCUCCAGCCCCCAGCCCCUGCUGCCCCUCUUCCCUUCACCUCCACGUUCCAGCCCGAGAGACCAAUGCCUCCACAGCAAGGGGACCCGGAGUACAUCAGCAAGCCGGUGACUGGCUGCUGCGGCUGCGAGGUGCCCCCGGUGCCCCCGCGUCGGGUGCGCAGCGGCCGGACCGCGGCGCUGGGGACGCGCUGUCGCGCCGGCGGCGCCGAGAGGCGCAGCAUCAAGUGCGUGCUGGUCGGAGACGGCGCCGUGGGGAAAACGAGCCUGGUGGUGAGCUACACCACCAACGGCUACCCCACCGAGUACAUUCCCACCGCCUUCGACAACUUCUCGGAAACUUCCAAGCCCUGCUUUAAUGAAGACCCCUGCUCCCCACCUCCCCUCCAUCAAAUACCAGCAUCCUGGAGGAAAGCUGUGGUAUCUGUAGAUGGGCGACCCGUGAGACUUCAGCUCUGUGACACGGCUGGCCAGGAUGAGUUUGACAAGCUGAGGCCUCUCUGCUACACAAACACAGACAUCUUCCUGCUGUGCUUCAGUGUUAUGAGCCCCUCAUCUUUCCAGAAUGUGAGUGAGAAAUGGGUACCAGAGAUUCGAUGCCACUGUCCCAAAGCCCCCAUCAUUCUGGUUGGAACUCAGUCAGAUCUCAGAGAAGAUGUCAAAGUCCUCAUUGAACUGGACAAAUGCAAAGAGAAGCCAGUGCCUGAGGAGGCGGCUAAGUUGUGUGCCGAGGAAAUCAAAGCUGCCUCUUACAUAGAAUGUUCGGCCUUGACUCAGAAAAAUCUCAAAGAGGUCUUUGAUGCCGCCAUCGUUGCUGGCAUUCAAUACUCAGACACUCAGCAACAGCCAAAGAAGUCCAAGAGUAGGACUCCAGACAAGGUGAAAAAUCUCUCCAAGUCCUGGUGGAAAAAAUACUGCUGUUUCGUAUAAUGCUGGCAGAAACUCAGAAAAGCUGUUUUCGGAUGACAUCAAUAUUAGAAGCUAUAUUAGCUGAAAUGACUCCUUUUACUGUGUAGAACUUGUAUAGAGACUGUGUGUGUAUAUGUAAUAUAGAAGGAGUUUUCAAUUUGUGUAUUCUUUCUGGCUUUUAAUUUUCUUGUUUGUUUGAACUUAGAGAUGAGACAGUUAUGCAAAGUUUUUGAAUUAAGUUAAGAAUUUUUCAUAACUCUGGAAAUGUAGAGCUCUAGAUCUCUGAAGUAAUUUACAUCUAAUAUGAAAAGGACACCUCUGAUCUGGAUGUCAGGAAUGAAAUUUUGCUGCAUUAUAAUGGACAGGAGAAAAAAGAGGGGGAUGUUUGUGGUUAGCCCUCCCUUGAUUAAGGGCUACUUAAUGUAACUGUGCAUUAUGUUCGUAAGGGCAACCAUGGUAAGAACGACUCUUAGCUUUGAAACUCCUUGCAAACCAUACUAUUUUAUUAAAGAGCAAAAAAAAUCUGAGAAAGAAAAUGAAAGCAACUCUGCCUACAAAACCUCAAAGCAAUCACUGGUUGAGUCUCUUGUCAUUUAGCCCAUUGAUUAAGAUUUGAAACCAACCCAACCAACAUCCCACUGAUUAUAUAGCACUGUGUAGAUCAAAAAGGAAACCUAUGUAUUGAGCUUUUUUGUUCUUAGAUAGUUGUGUUGCCACUGCAUAAAAGGAGCCAAAAUGCCAUGUGGAAUAAAGCAGGUGUUAGUUAAGAGCUCUUACAUUUUCUUUAGGGAGUGAAGCAUGUUGAGAUCAGAAAGUGACAUUUGCUUACAGCAGCUCACUGCAGAGUGUUCUCUUCUUUAGGUACUGUAAAGUGUGUUCCAAACUGCCUAAAUCCUAAGUAAUUAGAGAACUGGGGAGCAUCUAUCUUCAUUUUUCCCCCAUCUCUACAAGGAAGUGAACACUCUUGAAAGGCCUACAGCAAAUGUUUUUUGGACAUAAAAUGUAGUUUUUUUCCAUUAGGUCAGCCAAAAUGUACGUCUGCAUACACAACAUAUGGAUAAAUGGCUGUGUAUGCCUCAGAUUCUGUCUUUUAAAACAUUAAUGGAAAAUAGUGCAUGGUCACAAAAAAAAAGAUUUUAGUUAAGAUUGGCUUCCUCUUCCCGUUAAAACUCUUUUUGAAUAGACAUCAUUUUGAUUAAACCCUAGAUAUGGUUUUACAUAUAACUUACUUAUUUUUGAGAUCCUAAAAAAGAAAUAAACAACCUGAAACCUGUGAGAACAUUCAGUUAAAUCCACAUUUAACAGUUGAACGGUUAAAUCGUUCAACUGAAAGCAGAGGAUGGGGGGUGGGGGGCAUGCCCGCUGCUCUCAGGCCAGCAGGGAGGAGCUGGGACACCUCCCAUUCAGCUGCUGCCUUGCUGUGGGGCAUUAAGAAAAUGACAUAUUUGUAGUAGAUUUUAGGGCUUAAUCUUCUGGAGAAAAAAGUGCCAUAUCAGGAAAGUAGCCUUUACUAUGUGAUAGGUAUGCUUCUGACAUGCCAAAAGAUAGCAUAAAUGCAGUUCAUUGUAAUGUCAGGCUUGCAGUGGGUUAAACAAAUUUACCCAAAUCAAUGCAAUAGCUAACUCUAGGGAAAUCAUUGUAAAGCCAGUGGAUAGACAAGUUUUAUCUUUUUGUAGGUCUUGUGUUAUUUUUUUUUUAAUAUAUAUUUUUUUAAAAAGUCCAAUUUGUGUUUUCCUAUAGAAAAAAUAAAAGAUCAGACUAUGUUUUAGGGUAAGGGCCUUUUUUAUUCUUGCUAGUAAAUAAAAUUAAAGAAGUUCUUUGUUUAACAAAGAUUAAUCUUUAAACCACUAAAAUACAUGGACGGUUUGCUAUUCAUUUUUCAGUAUAUUGAAGCUGAUAUCAGGUUUCCAAAAUGUUUAGCUACAAUAUGAGUGGAUAAAAUUACUCCAUUUGUUGAAAUACGUAAAAUAAACCUAAUUAAAUUCAUCCUAAUCUUGCCAUGCCUAGCUCACCCAUUUGUGGAAAACCAUGCUUUCCAGCCUAGGAUUUGCCUGCCCUGGCAUUGCAGAGAUGAGGGUAACAAGGAAAGCUAGUGUAUAUUCCUAAUGGUGGGGUGGAGGGUUGGGGGAUAAGUUAUUUAACUGGUAAGUAAUUUUAAACACUAUUUUUAUACGAAAGGAAAUGUCAUGGAGUACAGUGCAAAUUAAUUUAAAAUUAAACACAAAUCUCAAAAGAACUUUUAUGCAUGUGACUGUAUAUCAGGCCACACUUAGUACCCGCAAGAUCUGCCUUCAUAUCCCCUGCCUUUUUAAGGGGCACUUGUGUAAGUAAAGCAAUGAAAGAUCUGUGUGGUCCAGUUCUGAGAGCUUUACAUGGGUCAUUUACUUUUUAGCAGGUUGUGCCUAAUGCUGUACUGCAAACCCAGAAAAUGAAGAAACAACUUGCCUUUAUGCAAUCUGGACUAUUAAUGCUGAAAUCUAGUGGGUUGACAUUUGAGUGUGACAGUUUUUAAUGAGUUGCUGCAUUUUAUAGAUGAGUAAGGGUACGGUUUUACUCCAGGUUUUCCUGCAUUUUAUUUCUUUGUGAAAAUAGGGAUUUGGGAGGGAAAUUUUUUUUAAAGUGUGUAUUUGAAUUAAAGUUGAUUCACUUUAAAGCUCAAAAAUUAUUCUACUUACAGCUUGGUAUUGCAGAGAAGAUUUUUUCUAAAUGUUGUGCUUUAGAGAAUGCUACUUUAGCUUUAACUCCUAAAGUAUAGGCCAAUGUCAUAAUUUAAGAAGUACCAUAUACUCCAAAAACUGUUCUGUUGUAUCUUUUUACCAUGUAUAUAUAAAUGAACAUUUUAUAAUGCUGUUCUCUGUUCUUGACAUACUUAAGAAAUUGUGCAGGUAUUACAUAAGCCAAAAUGAGAGCAAGGUCUUCUCCCCAGACUCUCGUAACCUGGUGCCUUACCAAGUUGUGCUUUUCUGUUUUUAAGUAUAAAUGAUGUGGAGCAGAAUGUUGUACUUGAAAAUGCCAUAAAUGAGGUGGUAUGAAAUAAAUUCUGAGCUAUGUGUA